GGGACUGUUGCCGGGUGACCAUGACAUCAUAGACUAGCCCAACAGUGUCUUCUCAAGAUGUCUCAAACAUUGCUAGACAAUUUAAAUAAGAAAGAAUUGACGGAAACGUCAUGUACAAUCGAAAUCCAAGCAGCAUUCAUUCUCUCCUCCUUGGCGACUUUCUUCGGGGGACUAAUCGUCUUGUUCAUUUUCAGAAUAGCCUUGAAAAUCUCAAGAAACUGGAAAACCGUCAAGGGGCCAAGAGGGAUCUUGGAACUAUUUUCAUCACGUAGGAUCGAGGUUAAUCCUUUGAGAAAACUUUACUUUCAUGGAGUAUUUCGUGAGCGUAUCGAAAUGCUGCUUUCUGCGCAGACCAUUGUGGGGCAAGUGUUGGUGAUCCUCGUCUUUGUGCUAAGCAUCGGGUCUCUUGUGAUCUAUUUCAUCAAUUCAAUGGACCCUGUUCGAAAGUGUUCUUCAUAUGAAGACAAAAUUGUCCAUGUGGAUUUGAGUUUCAAUGCUUUCUUUAGUUUCUACUUUGGGUUGAGGUUUUGGGCAGCUGAAGACAAGAUCAAGUUCUGGUUGGAGAUGAAUUCAAUUGUAGACAUUUUUACCAUCCCACCAACCUUUAUUUCCUAUUAUUUGAAGAGUAAUUGGCUGGGUUUGAGGUUUUUAAGAGCUCUGCGGUUGCUCGAACUUCCUAAAAUCUUACAGAUCCUGCAAGUCAUCAAGACCAGCAAUUCAGUGAAGCUUUCCAAACUGAUGUCAAUCGUUAUCAGUACCUGGUUCACAGCAGCAGGAUUCCUUCACCUGACCUUUCCCUUGCCAUCUCUCUUUGGACAGGUAGAAAAUUCUGGUGACCCCUGGCUCAAUGGUAGAAACUCGCAGACGAUGUCAUACUUCGAGUCCAUUUAUCUGGUGACGGCAACAAUGUCAACUGUUGGCUUUGGGGAUGUGGUGGCCAAGACUUCCCUGGGACGGAUUUUCAUCGUCUUCUUCACCCUUGGAAGUUUGAUACUAUUUGCAAACUACAUUCCAGAAAUGGUGGAGCUUUUUUCUACCAGGAAGAAAUACAACAAGCCCUACGAAGCAGUCAAGGGAAAGAAGUUCAUCGUGGUCUGUGGAAACAUCACAAUUGACAGUGUGACUGCUUUCCUAAGGAAUUUUCUCCACCGGAAGGCAGGAGAAAUCAAUAUCGAGAUCGUGUUCCUUGGAGAGGCUCCUCCUUCCGUGGAACUAGAAACCUUGCUCAAGUGCCACACAUCCUGCACCACCUUUGUAUGUGGCACCGCGCUGAAGUUCGAGGAUCUGAAGAGAGUUGCAGUGGAGAACGCAGAAGCCUGCCUGAUCCUAGCCAACCCAUUCUGCAGUGACUUGCACGACGAGGAUAACUCGAACAUCAUGAGGGUGCUCUCGAUCAAGAACUAUUAUCCACAGACCAGAGUCAUCAUUCAGAUGCUUCAGUCCCAAAACAAGGUUUUCCUGUCAAGAAUCCCCAACUGGAACUGGAGUGCCGGAGACAAUAUCAUCUGCUUUGCAGAAUUAAAACUUGGAUUUAUCGCCCAAGGCUGCUUGGUGCCAGGGCUGUGCACCUUUCUUACGACUCUGUUUAUCGAACAAAACCAAAAGGUUUUUCCUAAACAUCCUUGGCAAAAACAUUUCUUGAAUGGCUUGAAGAACAAAAUUCUGACACAGCGCCUCUCUAACGACUUCGUUGGGAUGACGUUUCCUCAGGUCUCCAGGCUCUGCUUCCUGAAGAUGCAUCUCAUGCUGAUAGCCAUCCAACACAAGCCCCUCUUCCACAAUUGUUGCUCUCUGAUACUAAAUCCAUCAUCACAAGUGAGGCUGAAUAAGGACACCUUAGGGUUCUUCAUCGCAGAAUCCUCGAAAGACGUCAAAAGAGCCCUCUUUUACUGCUCCAACUGUCACAGCGAUGUGUGCAAUCCUGAGCUGAUUGGGAAGUGUGGCUGCAAAAACAGGAGCCGACAGCAACUCGUGGCGCCAACCAUCAUGGUGAUGCAAAGCAGCUUGAACGAAUUCGCCCCCACUGCAGAAAUUUACACUUCUAUUUCAAGAGAACAGACGAGCUCAGUCACCAUUUUAACAACCAGGAACAUGCCGGUUGACACAGCAGAUGAUUCGGACAUGCUAGACAGCAGCGGCAUGUUUCACUGGUGUAGAUCAAUGCCCUUGGACAAGGUGGUUCUGAAACGAUCUGACAAGGCAACACACGAGUUUCAGAACCACAUAGUGGCAUGCGUGUUUGGAGACGCCCACUCUUCCCUGAUGGGGCUCCGGAAUUUCGUGAUGCCCCUGAGAGCCAGCAACUACACCCGGCAGGAGCUGAAGGACAUUGUUUUCAUUGGGUCCCUUGAAUACUUCCAGAGAGAAUGGCGGUUUCUCCGGAACUUUCCCAAGAUACACAUUAUGCCUGGAUCUGCGCUCUAUACUGGAGAUCUGCAUGCAGUCAAUGUAGAGCAGUGUUCUAUGUGUGUUAUCUUAGCCACCCCUUACAAGGCACUGAGCAGCCAGCUUCUGGUGGACACUGAGACCAUCAUGGCCACCCUCAACAUCCAGGCCCUGCGGAUCAGCUGCCCUAUGUCAGGGUCUUCAAAGAAAGAAGUAAAUACAUCACCUACUUUUUCUAAAUAUGAAGGGAAGCAAAGAUACCAGCAGAUCCCCAUUCUCACUGAACUGAAGAAUCCCUCCAACAUCCACUUUAUUGAGCAGAUGGAUGGACUGGACGAAGCGAUCAAAGGAACAAGCUUGCACCUCAGCACUGCCUUCUCUACGGGUACUGUCUUUUCGGGCACCUUCUUGGAUUCUCUCCUGGCCACGGCUUUCUACAACUACCAUGUCCUGGAAUUGCUUCAGAUGCUAGUGACCGGAGGUAUAAACUCUCAGACGGAGCACUGUUUGGUUAAGGAGAAGCUGUAUGAAGGAAAUGAGGGCGGUGCCACCUUCUUGUCCGGGAGGACGCGGUGUAAGCUGGGACUCCUCUCUUUAGACGAAACCAUUCUAUCAGACAUUAAGCCGAAAAAAACCUUUGGACAGCUGUUCUGUGGCUCACUGGAUAAUCUGGGGAUCCUAUGUGUUGGCUUAUACCGUAUGAUGGAUGAAGGGGAGCACAAUUCAGAACGCAAAAGGUUUGUGAUCACCAGGCCGGCCAACGAGUGUCACUUGCUGCCCUCAGAUCUUGUGUUCUGUGCUAUUCCUUUCAGUAUCACCUGUGACAAAUCAGAAAGCAAUGCUUCAAUUCAGGAUCAAGACACCACGACAAAUGUGACAUCCAUGAGCCAGGGGUCGAACUUCCAGGGUGCCCAGAGUGCCCUCAAUGAGCACAGUCUUAGCCCAGCCAGUGCCAUGGGAGAGAAGAAAUCUCCUCAGCUUUUGAACUCUCGAGUCUAUCCUUUGAACUUAUUCGAUGCCAGUGACAUUGAUCCAGGAAAAUAAAGACGGAAGCAUGCUCUUUU